CGCGAAGAAUUGUGGGACGGCGGCGGCCUAGUCUGCAGGGACAGGCAGGAGAGCUAUAGUCGGAGAGGUCUUUCAGAAUAGGCGAGAACAUACUGCAUAUUAGUGUUAUAUUAAGACUCUUUCACGUUUGUACGCCAUGGGACAAGAAGAUCUCAUGAGUACAGCCGAGGACGUGGCAGAUCAGUUCCUUCGAGUGACGAAACAGUACCUUCCCCACCUGGCGCGCCUGUGCCUGAUCAGCACCUUCCUGGAGGAUGGCAUCCGCAUGUGGUUCCAGUGGUACGAGCAAAGGGACUACAUCGAGGCCACCUGGAGCUGCGGUUACUUCCUGGCCACCUGCUUCGUGCUGCUUAACCUCCUAGGGCAGCUGGGUGGCUGUGUGCUGAUUCUCAGCAGAAACUUUGUACAGUAUGCUUGCUUUGGAUUAUUUGGCAUUAUUGCACUACAGACAGUUGCGUACAGUAUCCUAUGGGAUUUAAAGUUUUUGAUGAGGAACAUGGCUCUGGGCGGUGGACUGCUGCUCCUCCUGGCUGAGUCACGGUCAGAUGGCAAGAGCAUGUUUGCAGGUGUGCCCUCGAUGGGCGAAAGCUCGCCAAAACAGUACAUGCAGCUGGGCGGCCGAGUGCUGCUCGUCCUCAUGUUCAUGACGUUACUGCACUUCGACUCCAGCUUCUUCUCGAUCCUGCAGAACAUGGUGGGUACAGCGCUCAUCAUCCUGGUGGCUGUCGGCUUCAAGACCAAACUGGCCGCCCUCACCUUGGUGGUGUGGCUCAUGGCCAUCAACGUGUACUUCAACGCCUUCUGGACUGUACCCACCUACAAACCCAUGCACGACUUCCUCAAGUAUGACUUCUUCCAGACCACAUCGGUCGUUGGAGGCCUGCUUUUAGUGGUGGCGCUGGGGCCUGGGGGCGUGUCCAUGGACGAGAAGAAAAAGGAGUGGUGAGGAGCCCCCACGCCCAAUAAAAAGAGAAAACAACAAAGCCACUGCCCAGGACACAAGGACCCACAAUCUUUUUACAGCAUCGACAUCCCAGUGCACCUCGGAGCCACCUAUCUCACCUGCCUCAAUUUUUUUCUUUAGCUUUUAUUUUUUAUUUUAUUUUUUUUUUUUUUGCUUUUGUGAGUUCAGACAGGCAGCAGUUGUUGUAUAUCUGUUUGUCCCCUAUUCGUAAUAUAACAUCUAAGGUAAGGCAGCCUGAAUAUGAGGAACUGUCCAAGGAGUUAUGGCUGACUUCCUUUUACACCUGAAAUUUGAUUUACUCUUGCCAGAAAUCUCAUCAUUCACCACAACUCCAUCUUUAAAACAAUGUUAAAGUAGUCGUCCCGAUACGAUGCUUCACUUUUGUGCAUUGCUUUAGGAUUGUGCAAUUUAAGAUGCUUGGAGAAAUAGCUGUGAAAUGGGUACAUAUAUAGCCUGUGUGAGAGAACAGCAAUGUAAUGCUUUGAUCGAGCACAUAGAGCCAUAUUCAUGUGUGACUGGACAGAGUCUCGACUCUAAUUGACUAAGGACACGUCCUGUUUUGCCCUGUUCCUACAACCCUCAUAUUUAAUUUCUAAAUAAAUGGCUCUUGUGUCUAGAGUGCACAGGGUCGUUUGUGAAUAAUACUGUAAUGCAAUCCUGUUUCCAUCGGUUCUCUCCCACUGGACUGACUACUGUAUGCGCCAAAUAGUCAUAUAUCUCAGAUCAAGACAGCAAACGGGGGCUUACCGAUUGAGAAACGUUACACCAUAUUUCACACAGGUGGAAUAGGUCAGAAGGUCUAUUUUUGCACCCAAACGUUGUCUCGGUCUGUGUUUUUGCCGUCUUCGACAAUAAUAACGCACCGCAUUGAUUUACAGAAGUUUAUUGUAUUUUUUGUUUUCGGAUCAUGGCGGAGAAAAAUAAAAGCAAAAAUGUAUCUCA